CACUGUCUGGAUAAUACUCGUCUGUUUUGGGUAGUCCGACCCCUGAUCGAAACAUUUAGAAAAGGCCGAUCGGCUGGCUUAGUUGGGUGAGAUUUGUUUUUCCACGCAACUUGUUCCAGCGACAGUGAAAUAUAUUUUUUAAUUUCUUUCGCUCUUUCAUCAAAGGAUUGUGCCGGAUAAUCAAAAUUGUUGAUUAUUGUUUCUAAAAAAGAAUUGUUUUUUUGUUUGCGUUAAAAAUGUGUGCGGGGUAAAAAUUAACAACUGGAUAUAUUGCUUCAAAACAGGAUUUUAAUGUAUUAAAAUUACGAAAAUUAAAAGAAAUAAAUGUAAAUAACAUUAGAAAAUUUUUUUAAAAAAUAUGCAAAGAUGUGUAAAAUGUACAAUGCAUGAUAUGGGGUGUAUUUUCUCCUUUUUGCUGUGGAAUUGAAUUUUCAAGAAUAUAGUGAUUUUGUAUAUACAAACACUAAAAGUGGGAUUUCUAUAUAAAAAGUUUCCAACAAUAUGCAUCUAAUAAUAGGAUCUUUAUUUUUAAUUUUCUAUGUAACAUUCCCAUGUGCAGACAGUUCUUCAACAUCAACGACAACAGAAACACCCGAGGCGCCAACGAUAGUUCUUGGUGUUGCAGGAUCACCAGUACACCUUCCAUGCAACAUAACCCCACCCGGAGAAGAAGAUGCUGAAGAUGCCAUAGCCCUUGUUCUUUGGUACAAAGAUGAAUCCACAACGCCAAUUUAUAGCCUGGAUGCUAGGCAAGGUAGUUUAGAUCAGGCACGCCAUGCAGCAAAAGACAGUUUAAAUACCAGAGCUCAUCUAACGAUAUCAGAUCGACCAGCCUAUUUAAAACUUGAUCCAGCUAUGAUGGAAGAUGAAGGCGAAUAUAAAUGUAGAGCAGACUUCAAAAAAGCAAGAACGAGAUAUAUGUCAGUGUAUUUAAAAGUAGUGGUACCACCUGGAAAACCAAUGAUUACAGAUAGAAAUAAAGAAGUUUUGCAAAGUCUAAUAGGUCCAUACAAUGAAGGAGAUCCAUUGGUUCUUUUGUGUGAAGUAAAAGGCGGUCAGCCAGUUCCUUCGGUUACAUGGUGGAGAGAAUCUGUUCUUCUGGAUGAUAGUUAUGAUAUAAUGACAGAUAGCGUUGUAAGAAAUGAAUUGUUGAUAUCUUCUCUACAAAGACAUGAUUUAAUGGCAGUCUUAUCUUGUCAGGCUUCCAAUAACAACGUCUCCGUGCCAACUUCAGCCACUGUCACGGUUGAUAUGAAUUUUAGACCAUUAGAUGUUAUGAUAGAAGGGGACAGACAACCUUUGUCAGCUCACAAGACAGUAGAAUUAGUUUGUAGAGCUACUGGAUCAAGACCGCCGGCCGUAAUUACCUGGUGGAAAGGGACAUCAAAGUUGAAAGCUCUAAAGGACAAUAUAUCUGUUGACGGCAAUGUUACAACAAGUAUAAUAACCAUGACGCCAUCUAGUGACGAUAAUGGAAAACAUCUAUCAUGUAGAGCUGAAAAUCCAUUGAUUCCUGGGAGUGCUAUUGAAUAUGGAUGGAAACUUGAGGUCCACUAUAUUCCUCAGCUGACACUUCGCCUUGGCAGCAAACUUAGGCAUUCCCAUAUCCAGGAAGGGAACGAUGUCUAUCUCGAUUGCAGCAUCAUUGCCAGUCCUUGGGUUAGUGAAAUUGCUUGGAGAUUCGGAGGUAAAGAGCUUCAAACUAAUACAUCUGCUGGGAUUAUCGUCAGUAAUCAAAGUCUAGUUCUCCAAAAAGUGCAAAAGACUUCCAGGGGACAUUAUACUUGCGUUGCCAGCAAUAGCGAGGGCGAAGGCGAAAGCAAUGGUAUUCAACUUAGAGUUCAAUACAGUCCUCUCUGUAAACCAGGUCAGAAAGUGGUUUAUGGUGCAGCAAGGCACGAAGCCGUCAAGGUAGUAUGUGAAGUGGAGGCGGAUCCACGGCAGCUCAGUUUCCACUGGGAAUUCAACAGCUCUUCAGACAAUCUUCAAGUGUUAACAUUCGUGGCUGAAGGACUUAGAAGUGUUGCGACAUACAUACCUAGGACAGAACAGGAUUAUGGGACGCUUCUCUGUUUUGCAGAAAACAUUGUUGGAAGGCAGAAAGAACCUUGCGUUUACAUCGUAGUUCCCGCGGGGCCUCCAGAUCCAGUUCAGAAUUGUGUGAUUAUGAACCAAACUGAACAAUCAUUUCGAAUCGAGUGUUCGGAAGGUUACGAUGGAGGAGUAUCGCAGCAUUUUGUGUUGGAAGUGUACGAUGCGAUAACUAGCACUUUGCAAACAAAUAGAACUUCUUCAGAGCCAAUAUUUACAAUUCAAGGGCUUCCUCCAGGAACAGAUUAUCUUGUGAUAUUGUACGCUGUGAAUAGUAAAGGUAGAAGUGAAUCAAUUGCGUUGAGGAGUAGUACUCUUACAAUUCCAGAAAGUCUAACAAGAGUGGAUGGUGAUGUUUGGCAAGUCAGCUUCAGUCCAUUUCUUCUGGUUUUAAUAGCUGUCGUGAUUGGACUUGUUUUGCUUGCCCUGAUUAUAGUUCUUCUAAUUAAAUUUCGCACAAAGCACAACCAUCGUAAAGCUCAGAAUAUGUCUAAAGAUGAUAAAUGCCAAACACCAUUAAGAAAAGAUACAGAUGAUGACUGGAAGUCGUGCAGUUGUGCUGGUGAAGAAAAGUGUCCUGAUAUUAUACCAGGACCAUUAAAAGAAGGGAUGAUGGAUGACGAAGACGAUUUAUGUGGUGAUGGUCUGCAUUGGCGGACGUCAUCUGUCGAUAGUGGCCCUGGCAUUCUUACGCCAGAUUCAUUUUCAAGAAGCAAAUUGAACUCAUCUGGAGUGCCAUUACUACAAAACAGUCCUCCAAAUACACCCCAUUCCCAAGAAUUAUCAUUACAACCAACAUUACUGCAGGAAUAUUCACCAACGCAAAUCAUCGCCAGAACUGCGAAGCAAGCAAAACAGGCACUUGCAGACAGUCAUACAGAGCUCAUCACAACAACCAGUAGGCAAACAAAAGUUUGAAAACUAUGUAAAUUGUAAUUUAAGUCAAAAUAAAGACAAUGCUGAACUACUCAUAGCAGAAUGUGAUCCUGACGAUUAUUCAUCUUCGUGAUGAUGAUGUUAUAAUCUUCAUACUUGGGGACAAUACCGAGGACUAAUGGUGAAAUAAGACUAUUAAUUUUUUCCAGUCGUCCUCAGAUCACAAAUCAUCCAUCGAUUCAAAAGUGAAGUUAGUGACGUAUGCUGCUGAAAGAAAUACACAACAUUUAUCAUAAACAAGUUAUCAGGGUCGGGUUUUUGUGACACUUUUAUUAAUAAGCCUGUGCACAACAACGUGAUCUCUACAUUCAUUUUUCUUCCAGGAGCUUAGUGUGGCUUGUUAUCAUGAGAAGAUAACAAAAAAAAACUAUGAAAAUUAUAAAAGUGGAGCAAGAAACUUCAUCAUACAUUUCGUAUAAUUUAUUUAACUCAUUGAAACUCUUGUACGGAAAAGCUGACUGUGACCAAUGAAUUUAUGAACAAUUUCUGUGAUGGAUCCUUUAUUACUUGUUUUGUAUGUAUUUCGGAUACUUCAAACAGUCUUAAGUCUUUGCUAAUUUGAUUUCAAACUCAACGAAAUUACUUCUUAAGAAUUUAGAAUUCCUCAAAUUAACAGUUUCAUCAUUAUUAUUACGUUAGGUGUGAUUUAGAAUACUUAAAUUAAAUCUUAUUUUAAUAAUUAAACCUUUAUAUUUUUUUGAAAUAAAUGUUGUCUGCAUAAAAAUUUGUUUGUGCUUUUUGUUAUUAACUAGCAAAUAAAAUUUGCAAUCAUAAAAAUAAAUUUUCCCUACGGCAGAUAAAUUUUGGGAGAUGUUUGCGAAACCUUAUAAUUUCUUAGAUUUGUAUUUUUAAAUUAUCUUAAUCAUGUAUUGACUUUUAAAUGUGCUAUUAAAGUAAUUAAUUGCUUAAUUUACUUAUUAUUAUUCAAUUAUUUUGUAUUUAUUUUUAAUUACUUUUACUUGCAAAAUUAUAAAUUA